CAAAAUGAUAUAAUAUUAAGCACGCUGACGGAUCUCGACAUCCGUUGAUUUAAAAACUUUAUACAAUUCUCAAACCGAACCACAAAUCAAAUUCAAUUCGCAACAGUAAACCCAAAUGCCCGAGGCAUUGAUACUACCCGGCAUGGCUGACGCAGAGCCGGACUUAUCAACGUUCGAGAAUAAAACGGGACUCGCCGAGGACAUGAAGUUCCUGGCUUCAAUGCCCGAGCUAUGCGAUGUCACUUUCCUCGUUGGCGACACCCGCGAGCCCGUCUGUGCCGUCAAGGCUGUGCUGGCGUCGCGUUCGCGCGUUUUUGCCAAAAUGCUCUACGCUGCACCGUCACCGCAGCGAAAGAGGGAGACUACCACCAAGGAGAACAAGCUGCGACUCUUCCUCAAGCGCUCCUCGGAGCCCCUGCUCAAUCUACAGAAUGCCGCACAACAGAGAACCGGUUUCACCCAACAAUUAGCUCCGAUACCCGAGCCCUCUGGUCAACAGCAUCAGACGCUGAUCAUUGAGGAGUUCGAGCCGGAUGUCUUCCGUCAGCUCAUCGAGUACAUUCACACCGGCUGCGUGACCCUGCAGCCGCGCACCUUGUUGGGCGUCAUGAAUGCUGCCGAUUACUAUGGAUUGGAGGAGCUGCGUCGCGCCUGCGCUGGCUUUGUGCAGUGCUGCAUCAAUGUGGACACCGUCUGCGCCCUGCUGGCCUCCGCCGAGCGGUACAUCCAAUACAAGUGCACCAAGACGCUGGUGCAGAAGGUGCUCGAGUUCGUGGACGAGCAUGGCAAUGAGGUUCUGAAUCUGGGCAGCUUCACACUGCUGCCGCAGCACGUAGUGCGCCUGAUACUCGCCCGGGAGGAGCUGCGGGCCGAUGAGUUCACCAAGUUCCAGGCGGCGCUCAUGUGGAGCAAGAAGUAUUUCGAUAACAAUCCGAACAUUGACAUCAAGGAGAUAUUGGGAACCUUUCUGGAGUAUAUUCAGUUCCAUAAAAUACCCGCCAAUGUGCUGAUGCGCGAGAUCCAUCCGCUGAACUUGGUGCCCUAUGCAAUAAUCAUGAACGCUCUGGCCUACCAGGCAGACCCAGAAAGCAUCGACCCCGGAAAACUGUCUCCCAACUCUAGCCGACCACACCGCCAUCGCCACCACCACCAAUCGCUGCCCAAGAUACGCAAAGCCAAAUCCCAAUCGUUCCGCACUCGUCGCAGCCCCUCCGAGCGUCGCAGUCCCAAUGCUCCGACUCUCACCCUCAACACAAACGCUGCCAGCAGCGAGAAGAAGCGCAGUCCGCUGACACCCAAGAGUCCGGUGCUGCCACAGCCAGAAUCCAAGAGUCCGGGCAGCAGCUCGCAGAAGACGCCCACCACGCUCUCGCGCCAGGGCACGCUGCGUGCCUCCAGUCGACGUAAGAAUAGCGGCCAGUUGUCCAUCUCGCUGAGCGCUCAGAGCCAGGGUCGGCGCAGUCCGGCGGGUCUCAACGAUCGCAGUCCGCAGGGCCGCCGGAGCCCGCUAUUUCCCAGCAGCGGCCUGAGGUCCCCGAAUGAGCAGCCCAGUCCGACGGCGCGUAGUCCCACAGGGGACUCUCAGCGACGCAGCCCGACCUUCAGCAUACAGAUCCAUACGCAGGAGCGCCGCUCGCCCCUGGGCGCAGUCGCACCCUCGGACUUCAGUUGCCAGGCGGGGCCAUCGAACACGAGACGCAGUCCCACAUCCACUGUGCACGUGCAGGACAUGGCCACAGAGCCGGAGGAGACCGGCUUCAUUGGGCUGAAGCGAAACUCGAUAAGUCUCUUCACGCCCAUUUACUUUGCCAGCGAGAAACGAAGUCCCAUGGGACCCAUACCGCCCAUUACAGUGUCCAAUCCCGCCGAGACCUACAAGAGUGCAGAGCGCGAGCGUGAGGCAGCCGAGGCGGCUGCUCGGGAGAAGGAAAAGGAAGCCGCCCAGGCCCAGCCGCAGCCCGAGAAGAAGAGCGUUAUGCGAGAGAUCUUGGCCUUUGUGCGCAAGCCAUCGAAGCACCUGACGACGCGCACCAAUCGCUUUGCCAAUGCGUUCACCCGGGCCGAGUCUGGCUCCUCCAGCGGACCGCUCAUACGGCAGAGCACGUUCUCGGCCAGCCCGGCUGCCUCGUCGACAGCCGCCAAGAGUGCCGUGCAGAAGCAGAUGUCCGAAGUGGGCUUCGAGCCGAAGAUGUCGCUCAAGUUUGCGCAUUACACGAAGAUGUCCUUGAAGCUGCGUCGUCUGGCCCGUCGGGAGGAGGAGGAGAAACAACAUCAGCAGCAGCAAAAGUCAUCGGCGGUCAGCUCGGCGUCCGGGUCGAAGCGAGCCAGCACGGACUCGAAUGCGGGCAACGUACAGGAUCAGGUAGGUGCAAGCGGAGCAGAGGAGGAGCUGCCAUUCGAGCUGGCGAAUGUGCACUUUGAGAAGGUAGGUGAGUCCUAUAUCAAGCAUGAGCGACUCCGCGAACUGGUCGAGCCCGAACUGGAGGCCGAGGACGAGCCCGAAGAGGGCGAGCCGGAGCAACCGGAUGCUGCCAUGGCGCAGUUCGUCGAGGACGUGACCAACUCCCUGAAGGUGGUCGCACUCAAUGGCGAGAACGGAACACCGGCUGUCCAUCACUUCACGCGGCGCUCCGAGAGCCGGGAGCCCAUCGAGCCGCGAAUCAGCGAGGAGCGUGAGUCCGACUCGAAUGAUCUGAUCAUACCCGACGAUCUGCGCGCGGAGCUAACGGAGAUUUUGAAAGCCUAUGCACCAGAGCCAGUUUAUGUUAAUCUGCAGGCGCUGCGGCGCGAAACCGAGGAGGCCGAGGCGGUGGCACGUGCCGUUGCAGAGGCAGCCGCCGCUGUGGCGGAAGCAGCUGCAGCUGCAGCUGCGGCGGCACCGUCAGCGCCCGAGAAGCUGCCGCUGCAGUGUCCUACUAUUGAGUUUGAGCCGCCAUCGCGUCGUUCGUCCUUCGAUCCGCCGCGCUCGCCGUUCCUGGAACAGCUACGCAGUCCGGGCGUCGAUACGGACACAGAUCUGAUCAAUUUGCAGCGUCUGGACUCCGGCGGCGACAGUUUCGAGAUGGUCGACGGCGAUCGCAAGUCCAGUCGAGCCGAAUCCAGCUUCGAUUGCCCCUACUCCUCCCGUGACACCAGCUUCGAUGUGUCCAUAUCCCGUUAUCAGUCCACCAGCUACGAGGAUCAGACCUCUAGCUUCGAGAUCGUCGACACGGACGAUCGCCGUCGACACAUUGAUCUGCGCAAGAGCUCGAUUGAGCUCGUCGAUGCGGAAACCUUUCAGCGUUCCGGCUCCUCCUGCGGUCGCAAGUCCUCCCUGGAGACCCACUUCGACUACACGCCUUCGGAGACGAGCGGCAUGACGCCGGCUCGAUCCCCCAACUUCCCCAUGACCAAGAAGCAGAAGACCGAGCAUUUCCGCCAGCUGCACAUCUCGCCCUUCAGUGCCUUCUCGCGGGCACGCAGCCCGCUCUCGCAGCAGACCUCCUCCAAUUACAGCUCGCGCGACAGCUACGACUCCAGCUCAUCCUAUCCGCAUGGCCAUGAGCCGCAGCGCAGCCCCUACGCUGACCCCAGCAAGAAACACUUUCCGCUGACCAUCAAGCAGCGCGAGGAGGAGGUCAAGACAUUCCUGUGCACCGAUGCGCGCUGUGCCUCGAUAUUCGAGCCGCGGCCCAGCUCGGUGCUCACCCAACAGCUCUCCACGGGCUCCAUGUCCACGCCCUCCGCCUCCGGCUACACCAGCGCUCCACGCAUACCGAGCGCCUUGAGCGGAGUGACUGGCGUGCCCGCCUCUGGCACGGGCGUCGGCAUGCCCAUGGGCAUGGGCGUAGGCCCGGCGAAUGCCUCGCUGGGUUCCUGCGGCUUUUCCAGCGGCAGCGAGUUCGAGCCGCCCUCGCCGCGGCGGGCGGCCAGCGCCUCGCCCAAGCACACGUUCACAUUCCGCAUCGUGAUGAAGAAGGUUGACAGCUCUCCGGAGGCGCUGUGCCCGGAGCGGCAUCGCUCGCGCAUCAUCGAUCGCUAUCGGCGCCGGGAUAGUCGCCGCAAGCGCAUCCACGAUGCGGGCAAGAGUUUCUAAACGGCGAUCGAGGGCACGAAUUAAUCAAAUAUUUAGAUAAGCCCCCAAUGUUAGGUCAUAGAGAUCGAGAUAGAGAACUUUUUCUUAAACUUUCAUCAAUGUUCGCUCCUCACCUGAGUCAGCAACCCAUUUGUAUCUUUUGAUCGACAUCUCAAUCCCAGGCAGCAAUCUGUGUGUGCACUGUGGGACGAUAUAUUUGUCAGCAGGCAUACAGUUUUUUUCGACAAUCUAAGUGUUAUUCAAUCCAAGGAUUUGCCACAAGCAACUCCCUCGGCAACCCUCUAGUCGUAAGUUCUUACAGAAACUCAAUGCGAAGAUCAAACUUUAUAAAAUGGUUCUGGUUUUUAGGCCGUUUCAAAACUCUAUGCUAGGUAUUUGUAUUUGUAAAUGACGAGUCCUUGAAUAAAUUUAUUUAUAUACAUAAAGAUAUAUAUAUAGAAUGUAUAGGCUAAGUUAGAUCAUUUUUACAUGUAGGCUAGCACACUUCAUUAACAUUUAAUCAUCUUCAAGAAUAACGCUCGGCUCAUGCUUGCGAGGUACAAAUGAAAAUUUACACUACAAAUUUGUUGCUAGGUUGCUUGAAAAAUCUCAAAAAAAAAUAUUAAAAAAAAAAACAAACAAAGAAAUUCUAAAAAAUCUACAAAAUAUAUGUGAAACAAUAAUUCCUCCCACGAUUUACCUGAUUACUAAUUAACAGAUAGAGAACAUUUGUAUGUAUACAUGAUAAAUGUUUAUCUAUACUUAUAUAUAUAUAUAUAUAUGAUCUUUCAUUAAUGUUAAUAACUAAAUGUUGUAAUGUUUGUGGUAUAUUGUGAACAAAUAUUACGAGUAUGUGCGCAUUUUACGUGGUUCCUGUUAUAUAGAUAUAAAUAUAUGUAUAAAUAUGUAUUACAAAUUUUGAUGAACUCGCUAUUAUAUAUAUUUAUAUAUGUAUAAUAUUGUUAAAUGAUCAAUUCUUGAUGUAUAAAAGUCUGCUAUUGCAAGGGACAACGUUUAUUGUUUAAACUUAAGACUAAACUAAACUUAACUAAGGAAAGAAUCGUUAAAUCAGAUUUAAAUUAUAUUAGGCAUACGCUAUAUAUACCCUGUAUAUGUAUGUAUACAUACGUGCAUAUGUUAAAGUAAAUCUAAAGCUGGAUUUGGGGCCGUACUUAAAUCUUAAAAGAAAAACUUUUGUGCCGAAAAAUAUUUUAAAAAUUUAAAAUUUAUACUUAAAGAGAGCCAAAAAAAAAAAAAAAAAAAAAAAAAAAAACAAUAUGGGAUAAUUCAAAUUUCGUAUUGUUCAUGUUUGUUUGUGAGAGAAAGAGGAAACUAAACUUAAGCAAUCUAUGUGGUGUCUAAGAAAUUCGUAAGUUUAUUAACUAAGAGCAGCUGUCAGCAUAAUUUAUAUAAACCAAUGAAAAUUCGAGAAAUGCAAAAGCAAAGCAAAAGAAAAUGAUAUCAACAUUUUACAGGUAUUUACGCAUAUAAAGCAUUUAAUUCUAUAUACUAUAUACAUCUAUUAAUAUAUUUAUUGUACUUACACGACAUUGACAACAACAACAACAACAUGAGCCACAUCUGCAUCGGCAUAGAGUAUGCAUAUGUAUGUACUAUAUAUAUGAUAAACCCUGCUGUGCAAACCCAAAACAAUUUUGUUCGUACAACUAACAUGAAUGCAAGUAGUUGAAAUGUUGCUAUAUUUUGAUUUGUAGUUGCUUGUUUUUAAAAACUAAAACGAAACGCUUGACAACAAUCCGUAGUACUCGAAAGCGAUGUCAAUUUUGAUUUGCCUGUGUAUGCGAGCGCUUGACAGAUGGCUCCCUCUGUCACUCUCUCUCUCCCACUCUGUCUGUGUCAGCAGAGGGAGAGCAAGAGCAAGAGCGAGAGCGAGAGCGGGAGAGAGGCGAAAACAGCCAACUACAAAUUUCACAAAUGCGACUUUCUUCUAUUUACAGACAUUUUACCUAGCGGAUUUAUUGGAUGUGGAAUGCGCAGGCGUGGCCA